AUGUCUGACGAUUGUGUGUUGCAGCAGGACGAUGAUAAGAAGAAGAAAAAGUCACCGGUGGACGAUCGCCCUACGGUACCAGCGCCCAGCGAAGCGAUGCUGAAAAACCUCCGAACAGCGUUCGGCCUACUGGAUCGGGAUAGUGAUGGUCACGUGACACCGGCAGAGCUUCAGUAUAUGCUGCAAAAGCUGGGCAUCGAAGUCAGUGAUGACUUAAUAGCGGAACUUAUUAAGGAUGCCAGUAAAACUGGAAAUGGACUAAUAGAUGAGAACGACUUUAUGCAAUGGGUCACGAAAAUACAGGCUAUACAAGGAAUGGACGUUAGUUCUAGUGGCGGUGAUUCAGAAGAGGAAAUCACCAAAGAUCUGCUAGCAGCGUUCAAGGUGUUUGACCGGGAUGACAAUGGCUAUAUAACUCGAGAUGAGUUGAGGACUGCGUUGGAGAUAAUCGGCGAGCCCGUAACCGACGCGCAGCUUAACCAGGUGCUUGCAUUGGGAGACAUCGAUCAUGACGGGAGAAUUGAUUAUGAGGAAUUUGUGAAAAUGCUGUUGUAA